UUGCCAUAGGCAUUACGCAGAGGCCACAACCUCGCUCUUUCAACCCCUUCCUUCCUUCCUUCCUUCCUCAUCAUUCUUCUUCUCAAUUUGAUCUCUUCUGGUUGAAACGGAGUAUUUAUUCCCUUUUCAAUUUGAUCUCUUCCUCUAACGAAUUACGUAACCUAUCAAUCCGAUCUCAAGGAAUCGGUUUUCGUUUUCUAUUUCCAAUCGUAAUAACAAACGCUUGUCGUUUUCCAUUCCAUCGCUGCUAAUUCAACGCGCAUCUGUAUGAGACGGCCGAUUAUACAAGUGUCGAUGAAUAAUUCUCCUUCUUGAUGUCCUGGGAAUUACAGUUGUUUUAUUAAGAUUGUAAAUAUAGUUUAUUUGUUAUUAGCUUGGAUCAUUUUCCAUCUCUGCAACUUAUCUACUUGAUCCCUGUAGAGUUUUUUCUUCAUUAGGCUGAGGGGUUGUUGAGUUUGGUGGGUUUUACUUUUAUUCCAAUAAUUCCUGAUCUAGGGGGAACUUAGUACGAUAGCUUCUUAACGAUAAAAGCUAAAAAAGAGAUUCAAGAUAAUGGAUCAUGUUAUUGGAGGAAAGUUCAAGCUUGGAAGGAAAAUAGGGAGUGGAUCAUUUGGAGAGCUUUAUCUAGCUGUCAACAUACAAACAGGAGAAGAAGUGGGUAUUAAGCUGGAAUCUGUAAAGACCAAGCACCCUCAACUCCACUAUGAGUCCAAAAUUUAUAUGAUUCUCCAAGGGGGGACUGGUGUUCCUAGCCUCAAGUGGUAUGGAGUGGAAAGCGAAUAUAAUAUCAUGGUUAUUGAUCUUCUUGGGCCGAGCUUGGAAGACCUAUUCAACUAUUGCGACAGGAAAUUAUCUUUGAAAUCAGUUUUGAUGCUUGCAGAUCAACUAAUUAACAGAGUUGAAUAUGUGCAUUCAAGGGGAUUUCUUCAUCGCGAUAUAAAACCUGACAACUUCUUGAUGGGCUUAGGCCGCAAAGCGAAUCAGGUAUACGUAAUUGAUUUUGGCCUUGCAAAAAAGUACAGGGAUCUUCAAACACAUAAACAUAUACCAUACAGGGAAAACAAGAAUCUCACUGGCACUGCACGUUAUGCUAGUGUUAACACUCAUCUUGGUAUUGAACAAAGCAGGAGGGAUGACCUUGAAUCUCUUGGUUUCGUGCUUAUGUAUUUCUUAAGAGGAAGUCUUCCUUGGCAGGGACUAAGAGCUGGCAACAAGAAGCAGAAAUACGACAAGAUUAGUGAAAAGAAGAUGAUGACACCUAUACAGGUGCUAUGCAAAUCAUACCCUACGGAGUUCACAUCAUACUUCCAAUAUUGCCGAUCACUUAAAUUUGAAGACAAACCAGACUAUUCAUAUCUGAAAAGGCUUUUCCGUGAUUUGUUUAUUCGAGAAGGUUAUCAGUUUGACUAUAUUUUUGAUUGGACCAUAUUGAAAUAUCCCCAAAUAGGUGCUAGUUCCAAAGGACGGAAUCUAGCUGGGAAUUCAGGUCUAAACUCAGGACCAUCAGCUGAAAAACCAGACAAGGCAUUAGGGAAAGAAAUUAAAGACAAAUUCUCAGGAGCUGUUGAAGCAUUGGCUAGACGGAACCCUCCUACUUUUGGUCGCCAUGGCGAUCAUUCAAGACACAUGAAUUCUGAGGAUGUACCUUCAUCCAAGGAUGUGGAACCUGAUUCGGAAAGAGGCUACAGUUCUCGAAAUGGAAACUCAUCGAAACGAGCUAUCUCAAGUGGGAGACGUGCCAUGUCAGGCGAAACGAGUGAAAUGCGUUCGAGCAGGCUGACAUCUACUACAGGGGGGACUAGCAGCCGGCUGACAUCAACUACUGCAAACAGAACCCAUAUAGGGUCUGAGUCCAAAUCAACCGCCUUCCCACCACCACGUACAUCAAUCUUAAAAAGCUCUCAAGACACCAACCCACUUCACAGUUUCGAGCUCCUCUCAUUGAAGAAAUAAUGAACAAUCAUUGCCCCACUUCAAAGCACUUUCAAAGGCGGGGAAUUUUUUUUAUUUUUUAUUUUUGUAAUGAAGAUGCAGGCUGCUUCCAAAGUAUACUAUCAGAGGAAGUUGCAUGAACAAACCCUUAAGCUGAGAAAUAAUGCUUUUCUUGAAGUUUCUUGGGAUGGAUCAUCUUGCUACCACAAGCCUGGUUUGAUUUACAUGGAAUUGAAAUUGGUAUGUUUGUUUGUUUUUUUGUAUUCAUUCAAGCUAUAUCUACUUUUCCUAUUAACAAAAUCAAGCCCAUGUUUGUAUUGAUAUAUUUAUACCUAGAAAAAAGUACCUUCCCAAAUCUUUGGUCAUGAAAAAUUUGGGUGGAAAUUGUA